AUGGCUGCAACAAGGCUGAACAGGCCAAAACCCCUGGACUGGCUGGGUCCGUCGCAUCAAGAUGUCUUUAUUCGCAAUUUGAAGUUGUUACAAUUGGACCAACGCGAGGACUGGCCCGGUAUUUCCAUCCGCUCGCUGUCGGCGUCAUCGCAGAACCAACGGCAACGGAUCCGCUUGAUAGAAUGGGCUUUAUACUACCUCUUCGCUAUCUGGGAUUCAGAAGGGACCCAAAAUAAACUGCGUCCCUUCUUUCCUCCGCUAGAACCCCUACAGUCUGUCAACCUCCGCGCGGCCUUAUUCCGGUGCUUGGGUGAAUUGAAGAAAAAUGGCGAUCUUGGACGAGAGAUAAUCCUGCGCAAAUCUAUGUUAGAUGACUGCAAAGGUGAGAAAUUCGACGAGCUGCUCGCUGGCUUCUCUACGACCGUACUCCGCAAAUGUGUCGCCGCCUCCGCAGACGAGAAGGCCUGGAGCUCCGCCAUGAAAUUGUCGACCGCUACGGCAAUGACACCAAACAAUUAUCAGAAUUUGCUACCGCUCAUUCUUGCCCAUCAGGUUUCUUUGGGUGCCGGGGAAGCACGGCGUGCUCGGGUUCAAGGUGCUUAUGAUCGGUUCUCGGAGCUACUGGACAACAAAAAGAUUGAGCUGGCUGAACGCGCCAAUAAAGAACAGCAGAGUAAAUGGAAUGUGCAAAGUGACCCUGAAAGUCUGGCGCGCGAACUUCAAGCAAAUUGGCUUGGCAGCGAGGAAUGGGCCACUGCUCUGCUUAAAGGCGGAUCACAAAGCAGCUCCGAUGUUUUCCUGGAGCUUCCUUUCCCAGAGGCCUUGUCGCGGGCAACUGAUCCAGCUGUGAAUGGCCUCGGGAGUGAUUUGAAACAUGACCUGGUUGUUGAUCUGACCUCACGGGUAUUACUGCAACGAAGUCGACUGUGCAAGUGGCACGAAUACAACAACUCUCUUUCAAGAGAAAGAGGCACCGAUAUCAACGCAGCGAGUAAAACCUCUCCCAAUGAGAAUCGGCUACUGUUCCGAGACCACCAGUCUCUCACCGUUGCCAGUAUAUCCAAAUCUGUACGCCAGCCAGGGGAUAGGGAGCGGACGCUGAAAGGAGCAGAUCAAUCACUGCUUUCAUCUGUAAAUGAAGCCCUCGCUCGCAUCAACGGCAAAUCCCGUUCCAAUCGUGAGGAUCCUACGUUCGAGGUAGAACCGAGUUACGAACGCCGAUUGGAAGCUUCGUUGGAUGUUACAGAAUCGCCAAUAAUGGCAGACAACUACCCUGUUGGUCACCCAGCAGACCUGGCUGCCUCGGAAGCAUCAUACACACCUCCAGAGCCUGAACCAAAACCCGAAUCAGAAUCAAUUCAACCGACUCCAACCGUCCGCCUCUCCCCAGACAUCCCCUCUUCACCAGAGCACAAGCCAGACCCGGAGCCAAUCAAACGCUCCCACACUUUAGUCGAACGCACGCGCAAAUCAAUGUCUCUCCUCCCACCAGGACACGAACCACAAGUUCGGCCACGCCAGCGUCGCGGACCUCGCCCCUCCUACCCAGUCAACCAAUUCGUGACUCCGCGAAAACCCUCUGCGCACUCGACUCGCUCAAUAGACGAGCGUUCCCGCGCUUCCACACCACAGGAUCAGCUCUUUGAGGAGGAUGCCGAGUACGCUAGUGUGUUCAAGUCACGGCCGCGCGUAGCGCUUAGUCCUAUCUCUUCACCGGCGGUUCAUGUCAGCCCCUCUUUUGAGGACGAGAGCUUUGUUCUAGAUGAUGAGGAUGACGACUAUGAUGAUGUUGCGGAGUGGGGGGCUAUCGAUUCGCCUUUGGCUGCUGUGCGGUCGAGGGGUUGA